AUGCGGCACAAGGGGUGGUUCAGCAAGCAUGAGCUGCAGCGCAUUGCACUGGGGACUCUUGCGGUGUACGCUGAUAGUGAUGGUAGCGGGAUAUCCUUCUACUCGGCGUUUUCCCAAACAGCAGCGCCUAUGGCAAGUGGCGCUGCAAGCAGUGAGCGUACGUCCAUCGUGAACCAGCUGAAUCCUUUGGACGUCGCUCAGCAGUCCUUAGGAUCGAGGAAGCGAACGGAGGCAUGUGGAACGGUGACGGCCGAGUGUGAGGCAGGCAGUUUUUCUAGCAUGCGUCAAUGGCUGCUGUGGCUGAAGGCGACGAUGAAGUGGUCCGUCAUCGUUUUGUUUGUCAGGCGCCGUGAGGCACAGACCCCAGUCUGUGGAGAGAAAGGGUCACGAAGCGGCUUGCUUGGUAGCAGUGUGGACUGGUAG